AUGAGCGAUCCUCUUGGAAGGCCGAUCGCUUUCAACAGUCAGAAUAGGAAGGAUCAAGAUGUUGUUAAACGCCUUGAAUCUAUGCUAUACUUGAUAAGAGUAUCCGAAGAUGACAUUGCUGACCUUAGCGAAUGCGCACUCAACGCCCUUCCGAGCGAAUUUUAUAACCUUUGCAGAAUAUUCCGUAAAGAGAUUAUCAAUAUCAGCAAAAACCGGUUGAGUUCGCUGAAGAUAAAAGAUUCGGAAAGUGAUUUAACAAAGCUGAAUGGGAUUUUAAAACAUCUCAAUGCUAGCUCUAAUCUACUGAAGGAGUUUCCUUGCGGACUUUUAGCGGUUCAAUCGCUAGUCACACUAAACCUCUCAAAUAAUCGCAUAACUCGGCUUCCGGAAGCAAUCUGUGAACUUAUUCAGCUUGAGGAACUAAAUUUAGGAGAAAAUCAAAUUAAUGAACUACCUGCAUCGAUCUCGUCACUUAUUUUGCUGCGUAAACUAGAUGUCUCGUCAAAUCGAAUACGCCACCUUCCAAAGACACUUUCUUCUUUAGCAAAUUUGGAAGUGCUUGGGAUUGAUGAGAAGGAGAUGGAAUUUCCUCCAGCAGGUGUUUGCGUACUUGGGCUUGGAGCUAUCCAAACAUUUUUGAGGGAACAUCUUUCUCUUGUAAAGGAGAGUUUGGCAGUUGAUGGUUUUGAAAAAGACAUUCCACCGUGCGAGUUAACGACAGAGAAGACACGGGAAACAAACAGGAUUGAUGAUCAGUCUGCACAGAAGAACCAGAUCUUUACAAGCGAUCGAGAGGAAAGCGAGCGUUCUGCUGAACAGCGCAAGGCAAUGGUUCAGGAUCAGGAGAACCUCGAUGCUUUAGUACAGGGAGCUUUUUCUAAACGAGCCGAUGAUAUGAAAUCUGUUCUUGAAGACAUAUCUGAAAUGGAGAGGCGCACUUCUCUAAUUAUUGAAAACUCUUUGAAAUCCUACGUUCCUCAUAAAAAUUUUGAGGGAGCAGAACCUUUGCGAAUUGAGGAAGUGUUAAAAAAGCGGCGAAUCGAACUCGAAAAGGAGCAAAAGGAAUGGAUCAAGUUGAUUGAAGAAGAAAAUAAAACACUUGCUCAGGUUGUGUACUUUGAAGCCGAUCAGAGGAGGAAGCAGUCAAUGGAUGCAAUUGCAAAGCAACAAGAUCUGGAUUUUGAAGAAGAUGCUGUAAUUACAAAAUAA